ACUCUCAGUGACAGUCCAGUUAGGAGUCGUAGUACUAGUUGUGUUCUCUGCUGUUUCUCUCUUCUCCUGUGCAAAAAUUCAAAAUUUCGGCUUCCUUCCACUAAUUCCUCCUAAAGUAGUGCAUAAACAGCAAUGAGCAACAUCCGACAGAUCUCCAUCACCCUCAGUGGACACACCAGACCAGUGGUUCACCUGGAUUUCAGCGAUAUCACCGAUUCUGGUUAUUUUCUCAUAUCAGCAUGCAAAGAUGGGAACCCAAUGCUGCGUCAGGGCGACACUGGAGAUUGGGUGGGCACCUUCGAGGGCCACAAGGGCGCCGUGUGGGGUGUGGCGCUGAAUGGACAGGCUACUCUGGCGGCCUCGGGCGCCGCGGAUUUCUCCGGCAAGGUGUGGAACGCCGUGACCGGAGAGCUGAUCCACAGCUUCCAACACAAGCACAUCGUCAAGUCCGUGUCGUUCGACGCCGGAUGUGAUCAUCUGCUCACCGGCAGCAACGAGAAGCUGCUGCAGGUGUUCGAUCUCGCCGAUCCCACGGCGGAAUCGGAGAAGUUCGCCGGUCACACGGCGGGGAUCAAGAAGGCCAUCUUCUGCCGCAACGACAAGUGCAUCCUCAGCUGCGCUGACGACAAAUCCCUGCGACUCUGGGAUCGACUCUGUGGCAAGGAGGUGCAGAGAAUCGACUUCCCGUCCAAUCCGCAGAGUCUCGAACUGUCCAGUGAUCGAAGCAUCCUCACAGUCACCAGCGGACACACCAUCACCUUCCUCGAGAGCGACACACUGAACCUGGUGAAGGAGAUCGUGACGCCUUCGCCCCUCGCGUCGGCGAGUCUGCAUCCUGAGAAGCACUUUGUCGUCUGCGGCGGAGACGAUUUUAAGCUCUACAAAUUCGAUUUUGUCACUGGAAAUGAAAUUGACUCCUUCAAGGGCCACUUCGGCCCAGUGCACGCCGUGAAGUUCAGUCCGGACGGAGAGCUCUUCGCCAGUGGCUCCGAGGACGGCACGCUGCGCCUCUGGCAGACGACCGUGGGCAAGACGUACGGCCUGUGGAAGUGCACGGAGCCCACGGAGAUCGCGGCAGUCUUCAACGCGGCCAAUCGUGAGGUGUCCGCGUCAUAGAGACG